AUUAAACUAGUUAGUAAUUUCUCAUCUGAAAUUUUUUUUAAAAAAUCUUCAUUAAAUCUACAUUAAAUCUUCAUUAAAAUCUUCAUUAAAAACAAAUCUUCAUUAAAAAAAUCUUCGUUAAAUUUUUAAAACAAACUUGCCUAGUUUAUCUAUCUCUAUAUAUAUGAAUAAAGAGUGUCAUUGAAUGCUAGUUUGGCAGUACGUAAUAUUAUAGUAAUGGAUGUUUAUAGUAGUUUUGCAACUGCAAUGUCUUCUUCUACCUCGCAACCCCAACGAUCAAUUCCACCGGAAGAUAGGAUUAGCAUCCUUCCGGACUCAAUAUUGUAUCACAUUCUCUCUUUUCUCCCAACCAAAUUUUCCGCCACCACAAGCAUCCUCUCCAAGAGAUGGAAGCCAUUAUGGCUCUCACUUCUUCAUCUCGACUUCGACUUCCAAAGCUUCAUAGACUUCAAUACCUUUCGCCAUGCUGUAUACUUUGUCAUGCUAUCGCGAGAAUACACACUACCAAUAAAAUCACUCCGCCUCAAAUCGUGUAGUGAACAUGUCUUCAUCAACGGAUUCCUCGAUGCAGCUAUGCAACCAGGAAUUGAAUACCUAGACUUAGAAACUACAACAGGGAAGAAGGAUUUCGAAUUGACAUUAACUCCAAACAUUUUCAGUUGCAAGACACUAACGGUUCUCAAAUUGAAGAAUCUAACUGUGAAUAAGAUUCUUACUCGAGUACAUUUUCCUCUACUCAAAAUUCUCCAUUUGGAUAAAGUGUGCUUCUUGUGUUAUGAAGAUAUUUUCAAGUUUCCACUGUCUUCUCCCAUUCUAGAGGAUUUCAGUGUAAAUGAUUUACAGCUACGUCCUGGGAGCAAAUUUAUUUCAGAGAAAUUCAUCUCAGAAACAAGUAAUGUUAAAUGCUUAACUAAUUUGGUCAAAGCAAGUUAUUCUGCAAGACAAGACAUUCCUCUCUUCUUGUUUACUUGGGCACAUAUUCUGAAAAUAAAACUGAGAUGCCCCCAUCCCUUCUACAAAGUCCACACAUUACACAAUCUAACCCAACUGGAGCUAACCUUCUUCGGCGAUAAUAUGGACGACAUUUGGAGUGGGAAGUGGAAGUGGGUGUUAGAAGUGCUUGAGCAUAGUCCCAAGCUUCAACAUCUUACCAUUCAUCAGGAGAUCGAAAAUAUAGGAAUUUCUGAGGCCUAUUGGGAGGACCCACAAAUUGUUCCGCAAUGCCUUUCAUCUCAGCUUAAAACCUUCUUGUUUCGAGGUUGUAGAGGCAAAAAUAGUGAGCUUCAAUUUAUAGAAUAUAUUAUGCAAAAUUCGAAAGUAUUACGUACCAUGACAAUUCACAGUGCAUCUUCCAUAGAUUUGAAUGCAAAGCACCAAAUGUUAAAGAAAUUAGCUGUGUGGCACAGAAACUAUAAACUUAUAUUAGAUUGACGAGGCUUAGGAAUGUUUGGCCUUUUUGUUGGAUUCUACAUAUAGUAGGAUUUGAUGGGGUUUGGAAGACAUGAACUGUGCCUCACUUUGUGCACUAUGUCAUAUAAUGUUUCAAAUAUAUAUUGGUUUUCAUGUAAUUAAAAUCGAUUCUAGAUUGUCUCAACUUUUCCUUUGUUACUUAUUUUUUUUUAAGUUAUCACAAUCACUAUUAUUGUAUGGAAAU